GGGAUAUUUUUUCAUUCCGGGAGUUUUUCCUCGACUUAUCUUUCUUUUGAGGUUCGUGUGGCUCUCCAACAAAUAACAUUUUUAAAAUUCUGUAUUCUUUCGCCUGCCCUUGAUUUUGUUGGCUGGGCCUAUCUCAAACCAGAGAGACCAGAGCAUAUGUAUUACAAAUUCUAGUUUCUUUUAAAAAAAUCAUCUAGUUGCCUUAACAAAACUAUGCAUAGCCUGCAAAAAUUGAAUGAAGCAGAGGACGGAGUUCUGGUUGUCGGAUAGCUUCUAUCGCCUCAUGCCUCCAUUAGAUAUUAUCACCUUGCAAUCAUCCUUCCGGAAUUGUAUGGUUGUGAAGUGCUCGUGUCUUGUGUCUAAUGGAAGAAAGUUACCAAUGUUAGUGCACCUAAGUAAUCACAAACUUUCUUCAAGAUGGAAUACUGGAUUGCAACGUUUAGGCCUAAGAGCCUCCAAAUUUGGGUAUUCAAUGAUUCAAAGACCUUUUGUCGUGAAGUCUGUUGCAACAUUUUCGGAGCUGGAUAAGACCCUUCCUGAUUUACAAGAAGAGAAGAUGAAUUAUAACAAUGAAGUGCAGAACAUACCGAAUCAGGUUUCUAUAGAUGAUUUAAAAGAAAGAGAUUCUAGGAUUAAUGAAACAAAAAUGAAAAACAGGAAGUCAAAUAAAGGAUUUGUACCGUGGAACAAAGGGAAAAAGCACAGUCCAGAAACCAUUGCUCGAAUAAGAGAGAGGACCAGAUUGGCGAUGCAAGACCUCAAGGUUAGAAAGAAACUUGAAGAAAAUUAUAGCCGUGGGCGUGCCCAGAGUGAAGAGACAAGGAUGAAGAUUGGAAAAUCUGUUAGAAUGGCAACUAUCAAGCGCCACGAGAAGCAGAAAUUGCAAGAAACAUGUUUGCUUGAGUGGAAAGAAACUAUUGCAGAAGCUGCUAAACUAGGCUGCAAUGGUGAGGAUGAACUACAAUGGGAUUCGUAUGAAAUCCUAGCAGAAAAGAUUCAUCAAGAUUGGUUGCAGGCUGUUCAAUUGAGGAAGAGAGGGCCCAGGCCACCUAAAUCGGUUGAGCAGAAGAUGAAAAUAUCAGAGGCAGUCAAAGCCAAAUGGGCAGAUCCUGAUUACCGUCAGAGGGUGCAGGCUGGAUUUGAAAAGGUCUACAAAAAUAGGCUGCCAUCAGCUGUCAGAAGAGUUGUCAGGAAACGCUCUUGUAAAGUUGGUGAGCAAUUACCCUCUCAUAAAACCCAGGUCAAAAUUUCUGAAUAUUCACAAGUAAAUAGAAGGAAAUCUAGUACUACAUAUUCAGAUCCAUUGGUAGAUGCCAAAUUGGAGAAGAUAAAACAACUCCGGGCAAAUCGAGAAGAAAAUGAAAUGACAAAACAUGAAGCUUUUGAGAGGGCAAGGUUACUAAUAGCAGAAACUGAAAAAGCUGCAAAAACAUUGGAAGCUGCUGCAAUGAUAGAUAAUGCUGCACGAGCUUCUUUGUUUGAGACUAAGAAGCUACUAGCUGAAGCAGUAAAAACAAUGCAAAGUGUUGAAUCUGCCUUAAGAGGCAAUGCGCAUUCUUUGAUGAGAAGCCCACAGACAUCUUUGGAUGAAAAGGCCUCUCAAGCAGACAAGAAUAUAAAUAAUUCUCAUAUACCUGCUUCUGCAGCACCUGGGCCAGGUGAUGAGGAUCGUAUGCAUUACCUGUCUUUCAGUAGCACCUGCGAAGCAGAUAAUUAUGACAGUCAUAAGUCCAAUAAUGGUGCAUUGUCUGGAAGCAUAUAUAAAUAUUCUCACAAGCCAGGUCAUUUGACAGAGAUAGGUGGAGAAAAAGUCCUUAGUUAUGUUGCUUCUCAGUUUUCUACCAGAAAUCUCUCAGCUGAGGAAACAGCUUUAAUCUUCAACUUAAUGUCUGAAAAGACGAUUGAGAAAGAUAGCAUGUCACAUUUUGAAGAAAUUUCUGCAUCGACUUCAAUGGCAGUGAAUUAUGCUGGCAUUGUCAAUGAGACAUCUAUUUCACAAAUUGUUGAAGCGCAUAUGCCAGAGCAAAUGAAGGACAAUAUAUUGUCUGUAACUACAAACUCUGUUGCUUCUACAGGGCCAAUUCAGAACAUUUCUGAGCUUUCUGAAGUGAGACCAUUCCAGGCCAGUAACAAUGAUAUUUUGUCUUCAAAGAAGAAUGUCAAGAAAAGGUGGGUGUGUGGAAGACUUAUUGAGGCAAAGGAGGAUUAGGUAUCAAUCAUAUCUGGUAAAUAUUAUAUUAUGUUCAAAUUUAAGUAUGAUGGAUGGAGCUCUGAGUCCUUUUGAUACUAAGACUUAUUCCAGAUUAUGGACCAGCUGCGUGGUGAUAAUUUUUUAUUAUUUGUCACAUGGCUGUUCUUGUAUGUGCAAAAAUCUAUCUAUCUAUUUGUUGCAAGUUAACCA